AUGGAGACGCAGACCGGAAUACCACUCGUGCUAGAGUUGCAGUUCAUCAACACUCGAACAUGCCGUCCAAUUGGAGAUCUGUUUGUGGAAAUUUGGCACGCGAAUGCAAGUGGAGUAUACAGCGUGGUUGCGAACAUCGAUAACAGGAACAGCUUGAGCACUUUGCAAGGAAAUGAGGAAGGUAGUGGAGAAAGGACGAUGAUAGGAAGGAUUAUAGACGAGAGCUGGCUGAGAGGAGUGCAACAGACAGGAGCCAAUAGGGUGGUACGAUUCAAGACGAUCAUGCCAGGAUGGUAUCUUGGAGACUCUGGAAAUGGCACACUCGCCUCUUCAUUCCCAGCUAACCACUCUGUCCAAGCCUCUCACGUUGGACAAACUUUCUUCGACAGCAACCUGCUUGAUCAUGUUGCUGCGAUCCAUCCGUAUAAAUCGAACCCUCAAUGGCGGAACAAAAACGACGAGGAUGCAGUGCUCACGCAGGAGAGCAAUACUUCGGAGCCCAUGGUGCAAUAUAUGAUGAUGGGAAACGGGAUCGAAGAGGGCCUACUUGGAUGGAUUGUCAUUGGCAUCGGCCCAGAAGUGAACGUCAGAAGAGCUGCGAGUUGGUACGGGACUUGGGGACGAAUGUGGAGGAAGAUGUGGUACUGA